GGGCAACGGCGGCGCCCAUGGCCGGGCCGCCCCGGCCCGCCGGGGGGCUGUGGGAGCAGAUCUGCAACGAGUAUGAAGCUGAACAGCCUCCAUUUCCAGAGGGCUAUAAAGUCAGAGAGGCUACUGUGACUUCUGCCAUACCAUUGGAGUCAACAAUUUUGAGCCAUUUUAAUCUGCAGCACUUUUAUCCAGUUUCCCUAGACUAUUCUGCGAUCCAAAAUGUACCUCCGCCACCACUUCCGGAAGUUCCAGAAGUAAUUGACCCCAAAACUUGUUCUCCUAAAGACUAUUUAGAAACGUACAUAUUUCCAGUCCUUUUACCUGGAUUGGUCGAACUGCUCCAUCAAGCGAAGAAGGAAAAAUGUUUUGAGAGAAGAAGAACAAAAUUUAUUGCCUGCGAUUUCCUGACCGAAUGGCUGUACAAUCAGAAUCCAAAGAGGACAGAUGAAUCCUUCACCGAAUUCUUCUCCAUUCCAUUUGUGGUGGAUUGGCUGAAAGACCAUCCUAGGCCACCUGUUCCUCUAUCUCUCCUCUUGUCAGAAGAAGGAGCAGCUUUAAUAAUACAGUCAUUCUGGCGGGGUUAUCGGAUUCGUUGUGAUCCCGAGGUCCAAGAACUACGUCAGUGGCAGAAACAGCUGAGGCAAGAGAAGCACAUUCGUGAGAGAGUGAAAGAGUUCUGGAAUAAACAGGAAAUCAAAGUGAAAUGCAAAUUAGAUGACUUUGGUGAAGAAUUACCAGCUGAUCCUUUGGGCCUUGAAGUUUCACUCCAGUCACCAACUCCUCCAAGUGCAAUACAUUUCACAACUUAAAUUUCAGGCAUCGCCUCAUUUCUUAUAAUUAGAAGAUAAUUCUGCAUUGUCAGAGAAAUGUAUGUUAUUUGCAAAAAUUUCAGUAAAAGAGUAUGAUGAAAGUA